GCAUUAUUCAGUCUGCCUCAGAGCGUGCAACUGGAAAGAAUAUUUUUUUCAUCGAGAAAUUCGCAAAACUAAUACAAAUUUUUAUCGAAAAUGGCCCAGCAAGGCCAGGACGGCAGGCCCCCAAGUGGUCCGCCAGGACCUCCUCCACCCCGUCCACCAAAAACGCCUCCGGGCACCUUGCCACGUGGAACGCCAACAGCAGCCACGACCACGGGCGAUGUGACUCCGGCUCGAGGACCUCCGCCAGCGCCCAAACGCGUAUCGAUAGGAGUGGGCUCCACACGUCCUGUCCCACCUGCAGCCACCGAUCCUGCGGGUCCACCCCCUCCUGCUGGAAAACCGGUAAGAGACGCAGGUGCAUCAACAUCGCCUAGGUCAAGUCUUCGGGAUCCUGGCCCAUCGCCUUCUGAGAAACCAUCGACAUCGGCAAGGACAUCUGUUCGGGACCCGGGUCCUUCGACAUCUCCCUCUCGUCCUGUUAGCACGAAGGAACCUGGGCGCAUAAGCAUUCAGGAAGCUGGACAAUCGACGUCUGCAAAGGUGGUUAAGCUAGCUGCUCCCGAUCCCAGAUCUGCAAAGCCACCAGAAAAGGAAAAAUUUAGCUUGUUUAAAAGGAAGAAGAAACCCGAGGGGUCAGAUGCGACACGGCCACCAGCCCGUGAGCCCAGGAUACCUUCGGUUACCGCGGCUUCAACCCUGCAGAAUAGGGCCAAAACCAACCGCAUUCUUUACACCACCGAUGAGGAGGUACGCGAAGCUCUCGUGGAGUUCUCCGUGUUCAUAAUCUUUCUGAUACUAACAUCAUUGGUGGUUUUGUCCGUUCGGCAUACGUAUAUGUUUUAUUUCAACGACACGAUGAAGAAACUAUUCACUACUCGCGAAAUGGUAGUGGCUCCUUCGGUCACGGUUGGUUUUGAGAAACUUAUCACCGUGCCGGAUUGGUGGGACUAUCUGAAAUAUAACUUUCUUGUGACACUCCACGGCGAUUUGACUUUUAUGGACGAAGAUCAAGGGAAUCACACGACACCUUCGCCAAAGCCACCAAAGAACGAAGAAUCACCCGAAGGAGUCGCGCCGGAAGCGCCUGAAGCGCCUGAAGCGCCUGAAGGCUCCCCAGAAGUGGGCAGAUUGGUAGACGAUUUACAAUACUAUGGCAAUCCGUACAUGGACCUCAGGGGGCAUGGCAGAGCUAAGCGACAGAGCAGCUUGGAUGAGUCCAGCGAGGACUCCAGCAAGGAUGCCAGCGAAGAUGUAUCUGACGAGUAUUCAAAACUUGAUCACGAUAACAUUAGCGCACAUCAUCUGGAGGGGCGCGUCUUCCUGUAUGAAAACCUCCUCUUGGGACCGCCACGUCUCCGGCAGAUUCGAGUGCGAAAGGAAAGCUGCUACGUGAACGAUGCCUUCAUCCGGUACUUCAACACCUGCUAUGCCGCGUACUCCGCCGGAGCAGAGGACCGAAAGGCGACGCAUAAGGGUUCCCCGUUCCGGACGAUGAACGACCUGGAUUCCACGCCCAUCUGGACGGUACUGGCCUUCUACCGCACCGGGGGAUACACGGUGAACUUGGACUAUGACAAAGACAAGAACGUGAAGAUCAUAAACAAUCUACAGGAAAUCCACUGGCUGGAUCGGGGCUCACGUCUUUGUUUGGUUGAGUUCAAUUUGUUUAACGAAAAUACGGACAUCUUUCAGAGCGUUAAGUUGAUAGCGGAGAUUCCGCCCACGGGUGGUGUUAUACCACAAGCCCAUCUGCAAACGGUAAAGAAGUACUCCUUCUUUACGGACCGCAGUAUGCUCAUGACAGUUAUCUACAUUUUCUGGUACAUUAUGGUUAUAUACUACACCAUCUAUGAAAUCACUGAAAUUCGCAAAUCCGGAGUUAAAAUUUACUUCUUUUCGAUGCUGAACAUCCUCGAUUGCGGUAUAUUACUGGGCUGCUACCUCGCUUUAGUGUACAACAUUUGGCACAGUUUCAAAGUGAUGUCCCUCACUGCCAGAGCCCAUACAGAUGUGACCUACCAAAGUCUGGACGUUCUAUGUUUCUGGAAUAUUAUUUAUGUCGAUAUGAUGGCCAUUCUGGCCUUUCUUGUGUGGAUUAAAAUAUUCAAGUUCAUCAGUUUCAACAAGACACUGGUGCAGUUCACAACAACACUGAAAAGGUGCUCCAAAGACUUGGCUGGCUUCAGCUUGAUGUUUGGCAUUGUGUUUCUUGCCUAUGCCCAACUGGGUCUUCUUCUAUUUGGCACUAAGCAUCCAGACUUCCGUAACUUUAUCACCUCCAUUCUGACCAUGAUAAGGAUGAUCCUUGGCGACUUUCAGUACAACCUCAUUGAGCAAGCGAAUCGAGUACUGGGUCCCAUUUAUUUCCUCACCUACAUCCUGCUUGUGUUCUUCAUUUUGUUGAACAUGUUCCUGGCCAUCAUCAUGGAGACCUACAACACGGUGAAGGGUGAAAUCACCCAAGGUCGCAGUCACUUGGGAUCCUAUAUCUACAAGAAACUGGCGGGCACGCUCUACUGGAUCACCCAUUGUGGGCGGAAGAGGCGCCCACAACCUCAAACGUCUAUAAACGAAGACAAGGAUGCGGAACAUGAUGUCGGCGCUGCGCAGGAUGAACCGCAGGAAAUGCGAAAGAACAUGACCCCAGCCGAGCAACAGUACUUCCAGGAUAUUCCGCAAGGAGAAAACCAGGAGAUGGUUCGCCUCAAUAACCGUGUGGGCCUUCUAGAGGAAAUUCUGGAGAAGUUGAUUAACAACAUGGAUGAUAUUCUAAAACGCAUCGAAAAAGAUCAUCAUAACAAGAAAAAAUAGGAACAUCUAAUUUCCAAGCCGUUAAAACCUUUCUAUAUUCGUUAUGUUGUUAAAUUACAUUUCAUUUAAUCUACCAUUAAAACUUAACUGAGAUUAGCAA